AUGACGACCUCACUUCCGAAAAUAGUUUCUGUUAAGGAUAAGAAAAUCCGAUACAGCAAAAUAGCAGCUGGCAGGAUGUCAACAAAACAACUGAAGCAAUCAGCACCUGCCCAGUCUUCCAAGACCAAGAUAUUUGACCCUAGCACUGCUACUGCAUUUCCUAGAAGACUUAGUGAUUACUUUGAAAAACCUGAAUUGAAUCCAUUUGAAAAAAUUCAAAAUGAUGAUCUCUUUGUGUACAGGGACAAAUUAAUAUACAAAAAACACCAGGAAAAUUUGGCACAAGCUCAGCUGAAAGCAAUAGACAAGACGACCCAUUCUAGAAAAAUAAAUUCCAAGCCUGUGAUGUUUUUUGAUAACAUGAAUAUUAAUGACCUAAAAAGAGAUUGUAACUUUUCAGCUGAAUAUGAUGAUUACAGUUUUGUUUUGAAAAUAACAAAAGAUCAAAGGAUUGAGAAAGAGUCACUUGACGACUAUGUGAAGAAGAAAAGAGAAAUGUUCCUACUGCAUUAUGCGGUUGGUGUGAAGAAGGAGGAAAUGAACAAGUUGGAAAGACUUACAUUGGCCGAAGAGAAGAAAUUAGAACUGGCUGAACAAUAUUUGGAGGAAGAUGCCCUCAUGUUCGAUGAGUUCCUCAAGGACAACGACAAAACAGCCGGAGAUGCCAUAAAACUUGCAGAGUCAGAGAAAAAGAUAAAACAAGAGAAAGAUAAUGAGUUAAGAGCAUUGAACACCCAAAUGAUUUUAAUCAAGGGAGAGAUUUCAAAAUAUGAGGAGCAACUGAAAGAAUAUCGGAUCUAUGAAACUUUCCUAACUUCACUGACACCACUUGAAUGGUUGAAGCAAAAAGAGUUAGAGAAGCUAGAAAAAAAACAGUUGAAAGAAGUUGAAAAAUUCCAAUCAAAAUCUCGGAGGGAGAGUGGCAGUUUAUCACAGCUGUCAGACGACAAUGACGAGGAAGAGGAUGUAGAGGAACCAGAAUUGUAUUUCACAGACCCACAACAACUGUUAGACAUAUUUGGUGAACUUGAAGAACAGAAUUUAUCACUGAUACAAAACAGUCAAGAAACUGAGGAAUCCUUGGAAGAAAUGAAACAAACGUUUCAAGAUACAAAAGAUAAAAUAAUGUUUACUUCCAAUGAAUACAAACCAGAAGAUAAAAUAAUGGAAAGAUUGAAUAAAACAGUGGAAGAGGCAUACAGAACCUGUAUUGGCGAAAUGGAAACCAGUUUGAGCACGCUGCAAAUGCUCAGAACAAUUGAAAACAGAAUGGAGGAUCUGUUCCAGCAAAUGGAAAUGAUGCCAAAACAUAAAGUGGAAGCAGCCAUUAAGAUGAAAGAAAAAGAAAGGAGACUGAAACAGAGAGAGGAAAAGUUAGAAACGCAAAGAAUCCAUCAAGAAGAGAGAAUGAAGAAAGCCAUGGAGAGAGCAAAUGCCGACCCAAGAAAGAAGUUUGGCAGAAAAAUUGUGGCUAGGUCUGAGCCACCAGGAGUUGUUAAAUCCUACAAAUCUGACAAGAAGAUGGAAACCAAAGAAGAGGAGGAGAUGGCUUACUAUUUUCAACCAUAG